CGGGCGUCCCGUCCACGCGUCCUCCGUAAUAAACCUUUCCUUCGGCUCACCUUUGCUUCUGUAGCUUUGUACCGGCGCCUCAAAGUUAAGGAAAACAGAUUGGAAAAGUCAGACUCAAGUCAUCCCAUUACGAUGGAUGACGCAUGGAGGCUAACGAUGGUACUCAAGGAUCGACCCUGAACAAUCUGCAGCAUAUAAUCCCGAAGACACGUGAUACGUGAAUAAUGGCCCGAUCAAUCAAUAACCAAAAUCAAUAAAAAAAAAAAAAAAAGAACAAACAAUCUCUAAUCGGGAAAUUUUUUAAAUUGCGAAUUAUUUUUGGACCAUUGGUAUGCUGAUUCAUGCGAGUUUAGAAGUAAGGAUUACGAGAUCUGAUAUCCCUAUUUAUAACAGCAAAAAUAGUAACGAUCUAAUUAAUUUCAACAACUAAUCAAAACGUAAGAAAGAGGCUACGAAAAAUUUCUACCAGUUCAGGGCAACGGACUGACGUCAAAAUAUGAAGGAUAAUUUAUCCCAGUGAAAUACAUUCGAGAAAUAUGAUAAACAUAGUGGAGCGAGCGGGCAAGUGUUUUAAUAAUUUAAAAGUUAAAAAUAGUCGAGUUGCCGGAAUGGUGAAAGGUAUACAAAUGGAACGUACGUGAGACUUAAAAAAGCUCGGAACGCGUUUACUCUAAUUGCAAGAGUGUACUAAACAGUUCAUCGCGUUUCAGUACGUAAAUUAAUUUUUCUCUUCCCCGUGUGCUUAACGAAAAUAUAAAAAGUAAUAAAAAGGUAGAAAAAAAAACAAACACUAAACCACAUUGCUUAUCGAAGUUAAAGAAGAUUAACGUCUGUGUUAUACACACGGUACCCGGAUCCGAAGUUCAUCGCUGAGAAGAAAAACCAAUUUUCUUCUUGCAAUGGACUGGAUUGGCCGCGGAGAAAGUGGAAAGCAUAAGUCGCUUGAAGAUUCAAAUUUCGAUUUAACACUGAAUCGUAAAUUUUACCUACUCAACGAAACUGAAGCGAGGUUUGCUGUGGUUUAAAAAAAUCACACCUCGCCAAUAUCCGAUAUUGCAGGCCAUUUCUAUGGUGAAUAACCUAUAAAUGUGAUAUGGAGCGGCGGUUUCGUACGGUGGUGGUGAAACGAGCGUGUGUAUAGUUAGCGGUGCGAGAGUGUCAGCGAGAGGGAGAAAGCCUCGGCCAGUCAAGAUCCUCGACCCGUGAAACGGAAGCAGCUUCAACACCGAUGGGUUUAAAGUGACGUUCACUCCGCGCGGCCGUUUCUGUAUUUUGGAUUGAGCCCAGCAGUGAAUUAAGUUGAACCAACGUGCCAAAUUUGUGAAAUCGUGAUACCUGAGUACAUCGGCAAUGCAUAAGUCACAGUUAAAUUCGCGAUGAAGAAAAAUUAAUGGUGUGCAGAAAGAUUGGACGAAUCCCAUGUUCCGGGCUGAAUAAAUUCAAUACCGUAACAUUGAUUUAUUGAUCAGACGUGUCACUGUCCUCUUAGAAGACGAGAAUCAACGCUGGUGACAAAAAGUACCAGUUGACGUUAACAUAGAAAAUUCAAUUCAUUCUGGGGAACAUAGAAAAUAGAAAAGAAAAAUGAUGAAACACGAAGACAAACAGAUAAAAUAUUUGAAUUAUAAAUAUGAUGGUGAUUGGGAGAGACGGUGAUAAGUUUGACGACAUCAAUCAGAGAAACGAUUAAGGGUGCAAAAAUAUUCUUUCAUUAAUAUGUGAAUAGAAAAUGAAUUUGGGGGGAUUUCCCCCAAACGUAAGAGCUUCUAUUUUAUUUCAAUUUGUUGGAAGAUUUGUUUCUCUUCAAAUAUUUGCUGCCAAUCGAAAAAGCCACGGUUGAGAAAAUUGUUCCGGCUAUUCGUGACAGCUUGCAUGAAUAAACUGCCAAGUCGGAUGAAUGUAAAUAUCGUUAAUCAUAUUUUUACAGUUUAUCGAUGUCGUUGUAAAUAAUUAAUCCUAGUGAAUUUCGAGAGAUUACUAACUAAAUUUGGGGCAUUCAUAUUAUAACUCGAUCAGGUUAACUCUUGAAAAAAAAUGACCCUUACUGACAUUUGCGUGCAUGUCUAAUUUCGCAUGAUAAAUAAAACAAAGGAAUUGUUUAAAGAAAAGGUAAAUAAAUCAGGAACAACAUGCGUAAACAAAGUUCUGGGGGAAUUGAAUCGAACGUGGAAAGCGUACGGGAUGAAAACUCUAUAUCGGGCAAACAGCGAGUGGGAGUAUACCUAGAAUAAAACAAUUGCCCGUGGGGUUCUAUCUCGAUUCUCCAUUUGCGGAGUGAAAAUUGAAACAACUUCCGAAUCGUCCUGUAAAAUAAAUCGUUCGAAAUGCUUUCGCUCGAGGAAAUGAUGUACUCGACUUCGUGGCCGUUGAAUUACAGUUCCACACUGUUCGACAACCUGACCUACAACAACACCAACGUCACCGAUCCAAGUUCCGGUGGUAAUCAGUUUAUCCUGCCCUGGUGGCGACAAAUGAUCUGGACCGUUCUCUUCGCCGGCAUGAUAGUCGUCGCUACCGGUGGAAAUCUAAUCGUCAUAUGGAUCGUUCUGGCCCACAAAAGAAUGCGCACCGUCACGAACUACUUCCUGGUCAACCUGAGCAUCGCGGACGCCAUGGUCUCAACCCUGAACGUUAUAUUCAACUACACCUACAUGCUCAACAGUCACUGGCCUUUCGGAAACUUGUACUGCAAGAUCAGCCAGUUCAUUGCUGUCCUGACCAUUUGCGCCAGCGUGUUCACGCUAAUGGCCAUUUCCAUAGAUCGGUAUAUGGCGAUAAUGAAUCCCUUGAGACCGCGAAUGGGACGACGAGCCACCUUGUGCAUUGCGGUCGCCAUAUGGAUGGUCGGCGCUAUUUUGUCCCUUCCGAUGCUCCUGUUCUACACUACCUUCACGCAGAAGUUCGACAACGGCGAGGUCCGAGUAAUUUGCUACAGCGAUUGGCCGAACAGCAAUGACGACGGCCUCAGCUACGGGGAAUAUCUAUACAACGUGAUAUUCAUGAUACUCACGUACUUCCUGCCGAUUGGAUCAAUGACGUUUACGUACGCCAGAGUUGGUCUUGAAUUAUGGGGUUCCCAGAGCAUAGGAGAAGCAACCCAGCGCCAGUUGGAUAACAUUCGCAGCAAGCGAAGAGUGGUCAAAAUGAUGAUCGUGGUCGUGGUGAUAUUCGCCGUCUGUUGGCUGCCUUUCCACGUUUAUUUCAUAGUUACUUCCUAUUUACCGGACAUCACAAACGAGCCCUACAUUCAGGAGGUCUUUUUAGCGAUCUACUGGCUAGCCAUGUCGAACAGCAUGUACAACCCCAUUAUAUAUUGCUGGAUGAAUUCGCGAUUUCGCCGAGGUUUCGCCCAGUUUUUCUCAUGGUGCCCGUGGGUGCGAAUCACCCCCGAGCCGAACCUGUCGCGAUCUGAAGCAGUGACGUCACGCUACAGCUGUACCGGAAGUCCGGACGGUAAUGCAAGAAUUUCACGGAACGGUACAGUGCGAAUUCCCCUCCAUCUACAGUCGAGCCGAUGCAUUGCCGGUGGAAACGGUGCCGGGACGAGAUUUCCCGUUCAUCAUCGGGGUCACGGAAAGAGGUGGAGAACCUCGCAGAGCCGAGGACACGUAUCCUGACAAGAGCAAGACACUUCCCAACAACUUCAGCAAAACCGAGUUCACACUUGGAUUUGAAAGUAAAACUUUGCGCGCGGUUGAAAUUUUCAAUCGCGCACGGAUCGAUGCCAAUUUUAAAAGGAAAAUGGUAGAGAAGGAAAAAAAAAAAUUGCUGGUGUCUUAAAGCAUUAUACAAAUUAAAAUUCCUCUACUUAUCGGAUGAAAAAUUUUCAAUCCCGAAACUAUGCUGUAUACAAAGUUUAAUCAUCACUUAUUAACGGAUUUCAAUAAAUUUAAUUGUUCUGCAGAACUUAACAUACCUCGUUCGGAUCAUUGCAUCAAUAAAGUGAAUACGGCACUGCUUUGGAAUUCAUUUGAAUAUGAAAUGAUCCGCAAAGUUGAGAACGAACGGAAUUGAGCUACGAGAAUUGCGAUCGGGAAAAAAAAAGUUUUAUAUAAUUAACGGAUAAUUAUUACGAAAACCACGCUGAUAUGCGCAGAUGUAUACCCCAGGCAAUUUGAAACGAAUGAUUAUAGAUUUUCGAUAUUAGCGAAAUAGAGAGGUUGCCGAAAUUAUACGUUUCGUCUGUACUCGAGUGCAUCCAAUGAUUCUAAAAUACUCGUAUAUGCAUAGGUAUAAUGUACGACUAUACAGAUCAUAAAUGCUUAAAGAGUUCAGGCAAUUCCUGUGACUAAUCUCAUAAUCUUAGUUAGUUAUGCGCGACGAAUUUGCACAAUCGAAUUUUGCGACAAAAGCAUUCAGAACUUCCAUGUAUGAAUAGACGCGAUGACAUACUUUGAAUUACAUUGAAAGCUGAAUAACCGAGAUCUUCACAAAUUAUGAAUGUAUAUCUUGUGUAUUGGAGACUUUCAUGACUAGCAAAAGUUAUUAUAAAAUGAAACAAAAUUCUUCAAAAUCUUAGGUAUAAUUAUGACGAAGAGAAUAUUUAUGUUAAUAAUAAUAAUAAUGAUGAUGAUUAUUCCAUACAAAAAGCCUAUUGGACCAAUGAUUUACGUAGAUGUAUGUAUAUGUAUAUAUUACAUACUACAUUGUAGUAAUUUUGAAUAGAAAAUCGAGCAUCUGUUUUUCAAUUGAUUUUUAAAGAGAGAAAAUAAAAUAAGAUUGCCGUUAGGAUAUAGGAAUAUGUACUAGUAUACCUUUCAACAAUUAUUGUAUGGUACCUGUUAAGUUGUAAUCUGUGUAUAAUACAUUUGCAAGAUAAUUGAUAAAGAGGAAUCACUGUUGUUAUAUUCUACUAGUAUCGACAGCUAAAUUCAAAGCCGAGGCCGCUUUCAACACGAAUCUAGAUGGCGGCAUCGACUGAGCUGUAAUACGAUUACUUUGAAUCAACUUGGCUUUUACCGAGUGCAGAGAUAAAUUCAUGAAAUUGUAAAACGAUAUAAAAACCAAAAAAACUUGCUGUAAUCGUACCUACUGUAAAAUACUGUACAUAUCAUAGGUCGACGUCGACUAUUGUCUAAUUUCAUACCACUCCGAUUUAGUUUAGACCUUUUACCAAACGCCAUAGCAUCAUAUCGGUGUAGUUAAUAUAAUUAUAAUGCGUGUAAUACGCGGAAGAAAGAACUGUAAAAUACAGUACCAACAAUUUACGUAUAGUAAUGCUUUGAUCAGUAUUAUAUAUUAUUAUACGUAGGGAAAGGAAUUCUUGAACCAACGAAAUAGAUUUCGUUGCGAGUCCGUUGUCUAGUAUCUGGUAUCCCUUAUUUGUUACAAAUACGAUGACUCCGAUUCGACAAUUUCAAUUUAGUUAGUUUGUCAAAAUAGUUUAGUCAAACGAAUUCCUUGAUUCGUCAAAAGCCUUUCUUGUCGCGAUCGAGCGAAGUAUUCGUUCGGGUAUCUUUUGAUGUUUUUCCGAAAUUGAGUCAACUGAAUAUCAUUUCAUUUGAAGUUUACGUAUUUUUGCUUCAAGUCGCAUGUUCACUGACAGAAACAAUUAGGUACUUCAAAUAAACUAAAUACAUGAAUCUAACGGAGGAAAAAUUUACGGCGAUCGAAUGCCAUAUUUUACUGAUCUAACCCAAGCUUGUUUGGCGUAACUGGUUGAAUCAGUUACACUAAUUUGUUUACGAGGUAAAAGAAACACCACAUGCUUUGAAACAAGUAGAGAAAAUAUUCAUCGUAAAUAUCAGUAUGCUAGUAUUAUAAACGGCGGUGAACUUUUUCACUGCGGAAGUAUCUUCAGGGAUUGUUAUAAAACUGGGUAGUCGGCUAGGAAAUCAGAUACGGAUAAAGAUAAAAUUGUCAUCAGACCUGUGAAAAGACGAAAGAAGAACAAUACCAAGUUUAGAGUCAUCGAAAUCAAUGUUGACGACAAGUAAACAGAAGCUAUUGACACGUGGUCAAUUUUUACUUCAAAGUAUACAGCAACAAGGUUUCGAGUUUUACCGAUUAAUAUCGAGUAAAUCCCACAAAAAUUUUGAGUCAAAAGAAUUAUUAAUGAUAUCAUUCGAAGAAUACGUUUUGCGCGCUUGAAUAACUACCUUCGACCUCAACCAUUGAACUCUCAACUCGAAAAAAUAUGUAUUAGAACAAGCUUAAUUUGUUUUAAUACAGCAAUUUCAUAUUUUCAAGACAAAACGAUAGAAGUGCGUUCAAUCAAACAGUCACUUCAAUUACACAUUUUCUUGACACGAGAUUCACAUUAUCGCAAGGAACUCACGCCGUAUUAUCUUCAAUAAAUUAACAGUCAGCAUGAACAUUAAAAGGAUUGAUUCAAUUCUGUAUUAAGUUGUCACAAGUAUUUCGUCCGACAAAAAUAUUUUGUUGAAUAAAGUAAGUAUUGCGUUCGCCGCAUUUGACUAUAGCAUUUAAUUGGAUCAAACGAAUGUCACUUGACUCAAAUAAUCCUUUCCCUACGUGUAUAGUGUGCGAAACCAAGGCCCAUGCGUAAUAAAUUUUGACUUGCACCCAAAAUCAUUUCAACAAAUAACAUAUAACGUCCAUUUAUUUUUUAUCGUCUAAAAAAUAUUACGUAAACGUUAUAAAAGAAUUUCAUGUACAAUGGAAUACGUAUACGGCUAUAACACAAGUGAAUUUGGUAAAAUUUUCAAUACAAAUUCUCAGCGAUUA